AUGUUAUAAAAGGCUUAUUAAAAGAGCCUUGUUGAUUAAUAAACGCCUUAAUUUAUAAAAUUGUCAAAUACUUUCUAAAAUCUCAGAAAAUAAGCAUUCCAUGUAUAGAUGACUGUGUGCAAUUUGAUCAAGGAAAGGGGAAAUGCAUUUUAUAAAUAGAAUGAUUUUUAGACUGCUUGCUAAAUUUAUGAAGAGCUUUAUUAAUUUUUGGAGUUCAAAGAAUGCAAAAGUAGCACUCUGUUUUUAGUAAAAUACAAUGGGAAAACUCCAGAAGAAUCGACUCUACUAAAUUAACUCAAAAUAGCCAUUUUGAAUAACAUGUCAGCCACUCUUCUCAAACUUAAAUUGUAUUAAUAAACUAUAGAAAUCACAACUUAUGUGUUGCACUACGAUCCCAACUCAGCAAAAGCUUUAUUUCGAAGAGGAAAAGCUCUAUUAUCACUCACUCCUCUGAGCAAUGAAAAUCUCUCGGCCUCUAUUGAAGAUCUCAAGAAGGCCUCGCAAAUUCAAGAAGAUGAGCUAAUUCGAAGCACAUAUUAAUAAGCUAUAGAAACUAUGAAUAAUAGAUAAUUAAACCCUAUAAAUUUAAUUGAAAAUGCUAAUUUAAACUAUGAAAUUGAUUAUUCGAAGGAAGUCCCAGAAGAGAUUAAUGAAGUCAAAUAGUUUACAGAGAUUAAGGGGAUGGAAAUGCUGAAAGACCUGUAGAAAUAAGGAAAGAUUAAGGAGGCAAAUGAAUUUUUAUAAGAGUUGAAUCAAAUUCAGGAAGCCAAGAAGUAAUUGGAAAGAAUAAGCAGAAUCAAUUUCGAUAAACCAAAGCCAUAUCUUUAUGAGACUAUUAAAAGAUUGGGUGUAAAUUCUUUGUAAUUGUAACAAGAAUUCAAGAACAUUCAAUAUCAACAGCUCUAGGACAUAAGAAAUAAAUUGAAAUAAUGGAAUUAUUGUUAUUCAAAAAAAGAUCUUAAUAUAAAUAAUUAAGGACUUUAAGGAGAAUAAUAGGAGUAUCCUUCAGAGAAUAAAACUUAAAAUAUCUUAUUAAUUUUAGGAGGACUUAUUCUAUUUAUUUUAAUAGGUGUAUUUGCAGCUGGAACAUGA